GCAGAGCGGUGCGUGGUCCGCCCCACGCAUCGCAGCUUGCGGCACGGCCUCCCAGCACAGGAGCCCGUGGCCCAGUCUCCUGCGAACGCCAUGGCUCCUCGGAGGGUUGCUGCUGACGAACCGUGGAUAUGCAAGUCGUGCGUCCACUCUGUCACUGGCAAGCCGUGGUUCAAUGCAGGAGGUACGUUGUACUGCAAGCAGUGUCAGCUUCAUAAGUCGGUGGUGUUCAAAGAGUACAAGCGAGGAAAGACCCCCAGCGUCCAUGCUGCGGGAUCCAAGGGCCCCAGCCCAGUGGACAAAGGCCUCGCUGCUCGGUGUGCACAGCUCGAAGAACAGGUCAAGAGGCUCACCGCAGAGAAGGCUGAGCCAUCACCGCCACCACCAUGGGCGCAGUCACAGCCCGACGGAGCUGAGGAGAAACGCAAGCGCAUCAAGGAGCUGGACUCCAUCAUGCCCAUGCUCUCCUCCGACAGGGACGCGACGGUGCUGGCCAAUUUCAAGAAGGAGAAGGAGACUUUGGAGCGGGAGCUGUUUGACGGACGCCCGAUUGAGGACCAGGCUCGAUCGCUGGCGGCGAAGCUCCAGCAUGCGAGGUCCCACGAGUCCAGCGUACGCAGGGCGGUCGAGGAGCAGAGAGCCAAGAUCCUGGAGCUGCAGGGACACUUGGACAAGGCUGAGGCCAAGCUCGUGGAGGCUUCCGCUGAAGUGGUCGGGCUCGAGGAGGAUACGCGCAAAGCCAUGUCCCAGGCCCGCCCGCCAGAGCAGGAACGGCCGCCCACGCUCCAUGAGAUGCUUCCUGGGUUUGCGGUGUCGGUGGAAAAGCUGGGGCGUGUCGCCAGUACUCUGGGCUUGGGGCCUGAUCUUACGGCUGGGCUACAAGCUAUGGCGGAGACGGUCACCAAGCUGCAGCAGGCGCCGCAGGCAAAGCCACCCUCGCCCCAGGCUCCAGAGCCACCUGCACAAGAGCCUGAAGAUGAUGAAAUUUCAGACAUCGAGAUGGGGGAGGAGGACAUGCGGGCCACGCUCAAUGCUGCAGGAAUCCCCACGGACGAGAGCGUCUCCGCCGAGGCAGUCACGGAGAGCUUCACCUACGACUCCAGGGAGGACCACGGCGUCGGCGGCGAGCACUACACCGUGGGCAAGUGCCUCCUGGGAUGUGUCUGA